AUGCCAGGUCAGUCCUGGACGUUGUUGGUCCUCUUUUGGGGUUGGGAAUGGUUGGUGCAAUGGUACCAGGAUGGAUUCCAAAUCGAAAAAAACCAGGCACGACGAUCAAGCGGUAACAUUCCAGGAGUGGCUCUCUGGGACGUUUAUGGUAAAAGGUUGGGCGAAGCUUUUGGGUCCAACGAUCGCAUUGAAAACGGCAGUCCUCGCGACGUCUUUGUUCCACACUUUCGCGGUAUUGGGGAACCGCUCGCCGAAUACGUUGCGAUAAGUAACGGCGGAAUAGACGCAAUCUGUAUUGCCUGGAUUGCAAUGGCGUGGAAUGACGCGAAAUAUGGCUGGAUCGGAGACGUCGGGCAGGCAUGCGGUUCGGAUUGGUAUUAUACCCAAACAUUACUCAAGGAGUCCGGUAAAGAUGGCAAAAGAGAACACCGUCCAAGGUGUGUCUGGAUUGAUCGAGAUGGAAGUAACGGUUUCAAUGCUCAAGGCUUCAGCAUGCAUAUUAUCGAUUUCGAUGUCAGCGGGAACGAUCGUAAAACUCAAUACCAGAUCUACCCAGAGACAAUGUGCAGCCGGCCAAGAUACCACACCUACAAGCACAUGGUAACUCAGGAUGGUACCUAUAUUUUCUCCCCACCCCUUGAGUAUGGGCCAGGCUUGGUGGACAAGGAUAUCAAGAAGGUCUUGGUGCCAGGAAAACCCACCUCUGAGAAAAGCCUGCCCCUAAUGGUUCGCGAUAAUUUUCACGGUGCGCCGGGCAGGCCGCGAUUGACGCGCCGUGCACUCGAGCGCCGCUCAAAAUUCAUGAGAGACGUUCUGGUCGUGAGCGGCUGGCCGCAGCAUAAGGCGGAGGAGCUGUGUAAAAGCGAGACCUCCGUGGGACCAGAUUUCGCCUCUUUAUCUGAUAAACUGUUUUGCGACAUGGAGCACAAGGAGCUCUGGCCGCUGUGCACUAACGGAACGAUAACCAAUGCUUGCUUUGAUGUUUCAACGAAAACUAUGCGAGGUGGAGGAAUCGGGGCGCGAGACCUGAUAUCAGGACGUGCGAUUCCGGAAAAGUCAUAUUCGAAGAUUAGGGUAGAGACCAUGCGAUUACUGCGCACCCUCAUACUAUAUUCUUCGUCUAUAGUUCCUAAGUAUACGUUUCUAGCCUCCGGCCUCACAGUUCUCAUCGCUAAUAUAUCCCAGCUCAGAGCCGAAUACUGUAGGGCAUAA